GGCGCACAGCCGCGCCGCGAGCCCGAGAUGCUGCUGCCCGCGCUGCGCCGCGCCCUGCUGGCCCGCCCCUGGAGGGGGGCCGGGCUGCGGUGGAAACAAACCUCCUCCCUGACGGUGGCCAAUGAGCCCAUCUUGGCGUUCACACAGGGCAGCCCUGAACGAGAUGCACUGCAAAAGGCCUUGAAGGAACUGAAGGGUCGGACAGAAGCCAUCCCAUGUGUGGUGGGGGAUGAGGAAGUGUGGACCUCGGACGUGAGGUACCAGCUGUCGCCCUUUAACCACCGACACCAGGUGGCUAAGUUCUGCUAUGCAGACAAGGCCCUGCUCGACAAGGCCAUCCAGGCCGCCUUGGCCGCCAGGAAAGAGUGGGACCUGAAGCCUGUCACAGACCGGGCCCAGGUCUUCCUGAAGGCGGCAGAUAUGCUGAGCGGGCCACGCAGGGCAGAGGUCCUUGCCAAGACCAUGGUGGGACAGGGUAAGACGGUGAUCCAGGCCGAGAUCGACGCCGCGGCCGAGCUCAUCGACUUCUUCCGAUUCAAUGCCAAGUUUGCCGUGGAGCUGGAGGGGGAGCAGCCGAUGAGCGUGCCGCCCAGCACCAACCGCGUGGUGUACCGCGGGCUGGAGGGCUUCGUGGCAGCCAUCUCCCCCUUUAACUUCACCGCGAUCGGCGGCAACCUGGCGGGGGCGCCGGCCUUGAUGGGCAACGUGGUCCUGUGGAAGCCCAGUGACACUGCCAUGCUGGCCAGCUAUGCCGUCUACCGCGUCCUCCGGGAGGCCGGCCUGCCCCCCAACAUCAUCCAGUUUGUGCCAGCUGAUGGGCCCACAUUUGGGGACACCGUCACCAGCUCAGAGCACCUGUGCGGCAUCAACUUCACAGGCAGCGUGCCCACCUUCAGACACCUGUGGAAGCAGGUGGCCCAGAACCUGGACCGGUUCCGCACCUUCCCACGCCUGGCCGGAGAGUGUGGCGGGAAGAACUUCCACUUCGUGCACUGCUCGGCCGACGUGGACAGCGUGGUGAGCGGGACCCUGCGCUCGGCCUUCGAGUACGGAGGCCAGAAGUGCUCGGCCUGCUCCCGCCUCUACGUGCCUCGCUCGCUGUGGCCGCAGAUCAGAGGGCGCCUGCUGGAGGAGCACGGCAGGAUCAAAGUGGGCGACCCUGCAGAGGAUUUUGGGACCUUCUUCUCUGCAGUGAUUGAUGCCAAGUCCUUCGGCCGCAUCAAGAAGUGGCUGGAGCAUGCCCGCUCCUCGCCCAACCUCACCAUCCUGGCGGGGGGCAAGUGUGACGACUCCGUGGGCUACUUCGUGGAGCCCUGCAUCGUGGAGAGCAAGCACCCUGAAGAGCCCAUCAUGAAGGAGGAGAUCUUCGGGCCUGUGCUGGCCGUGUACGUCUACCCGGACGACGAGUACAAGGAGACGCUGCGGCUGGUGGACAGCAGCACCAGCUACGGCCUCACGGGGGCGGUGUUCGCCCGGGAUAAGGACGUUGUCCAGGAGGCCACGCGGAUGCUGAGAAACACUGCCGGCAACUUCUACAUCAACGACAAGUCCACCGGCUCGGUGGUGGGCCAGCAGCCCUUCGGGGGGGCCCGAGCCUCUGGCACCAAUGACAAGCCGGGGGGCCCCCACUACAUCCUGCGCUGGACGUCGCCCCAGGUCAUCAAGGAAACCCACAAACCGCUGGGAGAUUGGCGCUACUCGUACAUGCAGUGAGCCCCGUGCGGCGCCUCCGCCAUCCUCCUGUCUGUCCGUCCAGACUACUGACUUAGUGCGCCGGCCCCUCCCAGCCCCCCACCCCGCUCCCCGUGGACAGCCCCCUGUCAGGGCCAGGGUCUGUCCCCCUGCCCUCACUGGCCCGUAUCCCGGCCUGUCCCGCCCCUCGGGGUCAGGUGCUGGCUCUGGUGUGAGAUCACGCUGGGAGGAACAGGGCGGCUACCUCUCAUCCCAUCAGCCACCCUAGAAAUUCCAUCUGGUGGGUGUGACCUUGGUCCCGGCUGGUUCUCUGUCCUUUUCUCUUUACACGGUGGCCCAGGGGCUUAGGGACCUGGGACGUGGCGGUGGAGCAGCUCCCGGCAUCUCUUGGGGACCAGGAGGCAGCUCUGGGCCCCUCAGCAAACCUCCCCACCCGCAGAGGGGCCUCCUGGCCUUGGCCCUGGCUCCUCCAGGUCUCCAGGCCUAGGUGUGACCAGGUGGCCUGCAGGGCUGGCAAGUCGCGGCUGCAGGGCGCAGGGCAUCAGCUGGCCUCGCCCUCCUUGGUCUGGGCUGCCCACCGUCCUCACUGGCACUUUGCCCAGACCCGCAGAGCCCGCAGGGGCCUGUGCCGACCAUCCGCCUUAGACACCCAUGUGCCUUUCUCCAGGGGCCUGUGUUCACCCGGGGCCCACGGGAUCCCUGCCGUCUCCCUGUGCUGGGGCUCGGGUGCUACUGGAAGUUACUUGCCGAGGGGGGGAUGUGGUGGUCCUUGCCGUUUGGGCUGUGAGUCUGGAGGACCUUGGGUGGCCCUCACGCUGCUGCAGCCUCCCCUGGCUCUCUGGCCCCGCCCCUAGCCACGCUCAGGGCCUGUGUCGGCCUGGGUUCCUCCUGCAGGAGCUUGGUUCCCCCAGGUGUGCUAGAGCAGGCCCAGGUAGACGUUGCUCCCACCUUCUCCCAGCCCCCCGAGACCUAGCCUUGGGUCCCCGUCCAGCCUGGGCCGAGGAUUGCCUGUAGAAUCUUCUCUCCUUGGCGUGUUAGUGGCUCUGUGUGGACUGGCCCCUGUGGUCUGUUCUUGGACACAGCCAAUUGGUGGACACUGGCAAAUACCUGCUGGUUGGGUUCUGGGUGGCCAGGGAGCCAUAAGGGAUGACAUUUAGGGGGCCCUGAAGGUGCUGGGCUCUCCUCAACCACGGCUGACUUGGGGCCCCCCCAGGGCCAGUGUGGCCUUUCCCCCAGUGCCACUAUGUCCCUUGUGGCCCAUGGUCAGGGUUCUGCUUCCCCCCACGUUCUGCACUGUUUCCCAUGCGGGGCCGGGGCAGUCGGUGGGGGCUGGACUUGUGCCUGGUUCUGCUGGUUCGACACUGUGAGGUGGCAGUGGGAUUCACCCUGAUGCCACCCAAUAAAAUGCCUGUUACUUAAUCGAA